ACAGCUUAGGACACACGUCCCCCGGUGAACAUGGACGUGUGUGGGACAGUGCAGGUUGUGUGGUUGUGUUUGCGGCUGCUGGACGUUUAGAGCAGCUGCUGGUCAGAGGAGAUGUUGUGGACAUCAGCGGGUCAGAGAGGACCCGUGGGGCUCCUCCUGCGGUGCUGGUCCCUCACAUCCGGUCACACAGCUGUCACUACGCCCGGGUGCACCCUACUUGCCUCACGGUACUUUUCUAGCUCUUACCCAGCAAAGGCACGGACACAUGACGGGGUGGAGGCGUCGCCCCUGCGGCAAUGGACCCUGGACGUCAGCCCCUUCACCACAGUAAGAGCCCGGUUGGGCUGCAACAUCUGCGUCCGCCCGCUGGACGUGCACGCCUACCCCGAGGCAAACCGAGCAAUAAUCUCGGUCCACGGUCCAGACAGUGACCACACGGAGGACCUGCACGUCCACUACGAUGGACAGAGCCAGGAGCUGCUCAUCUCUGCUGAGAAGGUGAACAGCAGCGUCACGGUUGAGAUGGACGCACCAAUCAAAACUAACCUCUUCAUCACUGCUGAAGGAGGAGGCAACGUGCAAGUGAAGAAGAUGGAGAGCGAUGUCUGCAAAGUGCAAACAGAAAAGGGCAGCUGUUUACUUCACUCUGUUAAAGCACAUCAAGUCGAGGUGAGGUCCCACGGCGGACAUGUUACAGGUUUGGGCACCAUCCAUGGUAACGUGGACAUCAGCACAAAGGGAGACAGCGUGGUUGAUGUCAAGAAGCUUCAAGGCACAAGGAUGAACAUUUCCACAGAGCAUGGAGCUCUGAAGGUCAAAGCCGUCUAUGCCGAGUCCAGCUGUGUGUUCUCCUGCUCGGGGAGAGUAGAACUGGGUCAUGUGCACGGUAACACCACAGUGGAGAACGAGUCUGGGGACACAGUUGUUGAUGGUUCAAAUAGUUUCCUGAAGGUUUCCUCUGUCAGCGGAAGCAUUGAUGUCUACGUGGGAGACGGUGGUACCGCUGACCUCCACACUCAGGACGGAGCGGUGAGUGUGCGCGUCCCGUCUUCACUUAGAGCUGGUGUAAACCUCUGCGGCGUGGCGGUGAACGUCAGCCCAGAGGUUCGUCUGCACGACGAACAAAGACACACCGCAGACGGCCGGACCACACUGACUGGCUAUAUGAGUGGAGAGCCUCCUGUUGACCAGUGGGUCAAAGCUCGGGCGGACAGAGGAUCCGUCCAGCUGAGGACACAAAGCUGGCUUGAGUCCCUGAAGCUCGGGAGCUAAGUGACGGGACGCAUCGUGAUGUUCUCAGGGCCUUAAACGUCAAGAUCGGAUAUUAAUACAACGCCAACAGCUGAAUGUCAUUCACCUCUGUCUUCACAAUGUGCUGUAAAUACUUAAGAAAUAUACCUUUUCAUGUGUCUUUUGAAUGCUCUUCAGGUCAGAUCACACAAUCAUUGUAUUGUGACUGUGUAUAUUUAGUGUUUUACAUGAUUAAAAAGGUAUUUUAAUAAAAUAAUAGGUUCUUUAAUAAAUCA